AUGAAGAAAGAUGAAAAAAACAAUAUGGACGAAUCAUUAGAAGAAUAUGACGAGGAAAACUAUACAAGUGAACUUGAUGAUUUACCGGAAUAUGAAAGAGAACUCAUAUUAGCUAAACGCCAUGAAGAAUAUAUGAAGAAAAAACAUAGACGUAUGUUAUUAAAAAAUUUACAUAUUGAUGAAAAGUCCAAAGGGAAUAUUCAUGAUGAUACAAAUAAAAGUAUUGAAACUAGUAAUAAAAGAAAAGGAAAAUUAAAUAAUAAAAAAUUGAAGUUAAAAAAGAAAUUAUAUGAAAGUGAUGAAGAAGAAGAAAAUGAUAAAAAUGAUAAAAAUGAUGAUGAUCAAUAUGAUAAUACAUAUCAAAGUGAUGAGGACCGGAAAAAAAGUAAUAAUAAAAAAAAAGAACAAAGUAAAAAAAUUAAAGGAGAUAAUGAAUCAUAUAAUAUAGAUUCCAUUUCGUACGUGAAAUAUAAAAAAGGAAAAAUAAAAAUAUUAGAAGAUGAUGAUGAAAAGAACCAUGAGGAUGAAAAAAAAAAAACUGAUAUAAUUGAUCAUGUAAGUGUGACAGAUGAUUCUUAUACAGACUCUUCUUAUAAAAAUAAGAAGAAAAGUAAAUAUAAGAAGGGAGACACAAAUCAAACAGACAAAACAAGUAAAAAAAAUAAAAAUGAUAAAACAAAUAAAACAAAUAAAACUAAUGUUUCUAUAAAAACGAAAAAGCACCGUGAAGAUUAUUCAGAUGAUUCUAUGGAUGAUUAUCAUAGUACUUCAUCUUAUGAACAUGAAAAAAGUAGUGAUGUACAUUAUAAUAAAAAGGAAAAAAAAAUACAGUUAAAAGUAAUUUCUGAAGAGAGUCAUUUAGAUAAUACUAAGAAUAAAACUGGAAAAGGUUUAAACAAAAUUUUAAUUGAAAAAGAAAAAAAAAAAAAAAAAAAAGAUUUACAUAUCGUUGAUAGUGUUCAUAAGAAUAAAGAAGACGGGAAAAAUGUUAUUACCGAUAUUUUUGAAAAGAAUGAAAAAAUUAAUAAAGAUAAGGAACUUGAAUUACCCCAAACACCUGAAAGAUUAAUACAUUUAUAUAAAGAAGAAAAGAAAAUAAAAAUGGAUAUAUAUAAUUAUAUGACAUAUGAUAUUAUUACAUAUUUCCAAUUAAAAAAAACGUUUCUUCUUGAUAUGUGUGAACAUGUACAUUUUUCUUAUCAUGUUAUUGGUCAUAUGAUAAAAAUUAUAGAUAUCUCCAAGUUAAAUAAAGUUACUAAUCAGGAUGUACAAAAUACAAAUAAUAAAAAAAAAAUUGAUACAGCAAAUGAAAAUAAAAAAAAAAUAUUUUUCAUAACUAAUGUAAUAAAAUCAGAACCAUAUUUUUCUACAGAUCGUAAUACUAAUAUUAAAUUUGAAGUAGCACAUUUAGAAAAUUUAGCACAUUCUAAAUUUUUUAAAAAAAUCAAAAAUAUUAUGUAUCAAAAUAAAAAAAUAUCAAUGGAUGAAAUAAAAUCAAAUGAAUAUUAUGAAACAUAUAUUUGUGAUAUGAAUAAUAUAAGUGAUCAAAAAUUUACAAUAGACGAAUAUAAUCAUAUAAAAUUAUUUUCUAUAGAUUUAGACGUAUUAAAAACGUUCCAUCUAUUUUUAAAAGAAAAAAAUGAAGACCUAAAAAAUUUUCGUUAUACAGAGAAGCAGUUACAAGACCUUUUCGAAAAGAAGAAACAAAAAAGUUUUUACGAAAUUUAUACAAAUAAUAAAAGUAUAGAUAAUUUGCCAAUAACUCGUAUUACAGUACAAAGGGAAAUUUGUUCUAUACAGAGAGAAAUUGAUAAAUUGAAUUUCGACAAAAAAAAAACAAAUGUAAAUGAUACAUAUACAUUGUCGAAGUUAAAUAAUCAAAUAAAUGAAUUGACCAAAAAAAUUAAUAUUUUACGAGGAAAUCUGGAUAAAGCUCGAAAAAACCAUGCUGCAAUGAAGUCUAACGAUCAAUUCGCUCAAGAAAAAAAUAUGACUAAAGAAAAAUCAAGGACUAACAUAAAAUCUACACAGAAGGAUGAUGCUACAAAUAAAUUCUUAGGAGUGAAAGAAAUGGAUAUAUCGUAUUUCUCGAAACAAAUAUAUGAUGAGAAAACAAAUUUUAAUAAUAUGCUUUCUUCAAAAUUUAUAAAUUUACCACUUGAUGUACAUCACAAAGUUGUUCAUCACUUUUUAUUGGGGACCAUACAAAAUAAUGAUGCGGUUUUUUAUGAUGACCCUUCUCACAAAAUUAAAAAGGAAUUGGAUGCAGAAAUUGAUAAACUCCUUGGACUUCAUGGGAAUAGGCAUAUAACCCUGUUUGAUGAUAUAAAAAAAAAUUACGAAUAA